UUUUUCAUUUCUGAAUCGACCCAAGAGGGUACCUUCUCUUCCCUGCCUUUCCAUUUUUAUUUAUUUAUUAUCCAUUUAUUAAUUUAAUUUUCGUUUUAUUUUCCUUUUCAUAUUGGCGAAUUCUGAUUGCAAAAGAAAAACAGAAAAAUUCCUCUUUUUUUUCUCAAAAUUUUGUUUGAUGUAUUUCGAUUAAAUUUUCAGUUGAGUUGAUUUGAAAGUCGAAAGGGGGUUGGAAACAAAAAUUUUCAUCUUUGUUUGUAAAAUUUGUGAGAAUGGAUGCAAGGGAAGCUACGAGGUUAGCUUCAUCUGAACCUCCAGGGAUGAUGGUGGGUCCCAACUCUUACGGGAUGAGCUUCCACACCACUUCAAUGCUUAGUCCCAGCUCUGCUGGGAUAAUGCAAAAUCUUCGAUUACCAUAUAAUCAGGUUGUAACUUCUGUGUCGAGGCCUUCUGAUGACCCUUCAAACUCUGCUGGGUUUCAUGUCGAGGGCUUGAGACCAUGUGGGUUUACUGUGAGCGAACCUGCAAAGAAGAAAAGAGGAAGACCCAGAAAGUAUGGCCCUGAUGGGAGCAUGGCAUUGGCAUUAGCUCCUCUAUCUUCUGUGGUUCCUGGACAAAUCAACAACAACCACAACAAUGACAACAACCAUACUGAGAGCAGCACCCACUUGUCUGAGCCUCCUUAUAAGCGAAACAGAGGGCGGCCGAAGGGUUCAGGCAAGAAGCAGCAGCUGGAUGCUCUGGGGGCCCCUGGUUUUGGUUUUAUGCCCCACAUUAUCACUGUUAAAGCUGGCGAGGACGUAGCAUCAAAGAUCAUGGCUUUCUCCCAGCAAGGAUCACGGACAGUUUGUAUCCUCUCUGCAAAUGGAGCAAUCUGUAAUGUCACACUUCGCCAGCCGGCAACUUCUGGUGGCACUGUAACUUAUGAGGGCCGGUUUGAGAUAAUAUCUCUGUCAGGUUCAUUUUUACUCAUGGAGAAUGGUGGUACCCGCAGUAGGACUGGUGGUUUGAGUGUAUCUUUGGCAGGAUCGGAUGGUCGAGUCUUGGGUGGUGGAGUGGCUGGGAUGCUAAUGGCAGCGGGCCCUGUACAGGUUGUGGUGGGAAGCUUCCUGGCUGAUGGCAAAAAACCAAAGCCCGUACACCAGCCUUCAUUAACACCAGCACCCCAGCUUGUAGGAUUAGGGGCACCACUUGCCACAGGUAGCUCCCCUUCUCAAGGGCCCACAAGUGAGUCAUCUGGAGAGCCCGGUAGCCCCCUUAACCACAGCUCUGGAGCCUGCAACAACAUUGGUCAAUCAAUUCAUAGCUUUUCGAUGUACCCAUCUAUGGGAUGGGGCUCUCAUCCUGCAAACCCUCACUAAAAUGAUGCCGAUGUGACUUUGCUGCUGCAAGCUAACUGUAUCCCACAGUCUUAAUUUUAGUUAAUAGUUUACAUUGAAGGUGAUAUCAUUCAAGGUGCUAACCGAGAAAAAUUAUUGAGGAGAUCAUCUUGGUCUUGGAAGGAUUUCAUCUUGGUCACUAGAUGUAAUUGGGUCUUCCUACAUAAUAGUUCACAGGGAGGAUCUGAAGUUGCUCUCUGCCUAAUUCUCAUUUCCAAUUUUGAGUUGCUGACACAUUCUCUCCUUGGACUGAAACAAGUCCCAUCUGUUCAAAGCCAAGAAUAUGGUUACAUCACCACGCACACGUCUUCAGGAAAUUCUUUUUCCUUUUAUUAUCAAUUAUGAGAAGUUUAGCUGUUAUUUUUUAUCCUCAAAUGUAGCUUCUAGUUAUUCUGUGUAGAUGAUUACGAGUAUACUAGUUGAAUCUUCUGCAUC